GUGCUCGGGGGCGGCAUGUCCGAGGCUGGCGGGGCCGGGCCGGGGGCCGGGCCCGGGGCGCUGCCCCCGCAGCCCCCCGCGCCGCCGCCGCCGCCGCCGCCGCCCGCGCCCCCGCAGGGCUCCUCCUGCGGUCCGGCGACGGCUGUGGCUGCGGCGGGCACGGCCGAAGGACCGGGAGGCGGUGGCUCGGCCCGGAUCGCCGUGAAGAAGGCGCAGCUGCGCUCGGCUCCGCGGGCCAAGAAACUGGAGAAACUCGGAGUGUACUCCGCCUGCAAGGCUGAGGAGUCCUGUAAAUGUAAUGGCUGGAAAAACCCCAACCCCUCUCCUACUCCCCCCAGAGCCGAUCUGCAGCAAAUAAUCGUCAGUCUAACGGAGUCCUGUCGGAGCUGUAGCCAUGCCCUAGCUGCUCAUGUUUCCCACCUGGAGAAUGUGUCAGAGGAAGAAAUGAACAGACUCCUGGGAAUAGUGUUGGAUGUGGAGUAUCUCUUCACUUGUGUCCACAAGGAGGAAGAUGCAGAUACCAAGCAAGUGUACUUCUACCUAUUUAAGCUCCUGAGAAAGUCUAUUUUACAAAGAGGAAAGCCUGUGGUUGAAGGCUCCUUGGAGAAGAAACCCCCAUUUGAAAAGCCUAGUAUUGAGCAGGGCGUGAAUAACUUUGUACAGUACAAAUUUAGUCACCUGCCAUCCAAAGAAAGGCAAACAAUAGUCGAGUUGGCCAAAAUGUUCCUAAACCGCAUCAACUAUUGGCAUCUGGAGGCACCAUCUCAACGAAGACUGCGCUCUCCCAAUGACGAUAUUUCUGGAUACAAAGAGAACUACACAAGGUGGCUGUGUUACUGCAAUGUGCCACAGUUCUGUGACAGUCUACCUCGGUAUGAAACCACCCAGGUGUUCGGGAGAACAUUGCUUCGCUCAGUCUUCACCGUUAUGAGGAGACAACUCCUGGAACAAGCAAGACAGGAAAAAGACAAACUGCCUCUUGAGAAACGAACUCUGAUCCUCACUCAUUUCCCAAAAUUUCUAUCCAUGUUAGAAGAAGAAGUUUAUAGUCAAAACUCUCCCAUCUGGGAUCAGGAUUUUCUCUCAGCCUCUUCCAGAAUCAGCCAACUAGGAAUCCAAACAGUUAUCAAUCCGCCUCCUGUGGCCAGGACAGUUUCCUACAAUUCAAACUCAUCUUCCCUUGAGCAGCCGAAUGGAGGGAGUAGCAGUCCUGCCUGCAAAGCUUCUUCUGGGCUAGAGGCAAACCCAGGCGAAAAGAGGAAAAUGAAUGACUCUCAUGUUCUGGAGGAGGCCAAGAAACCCCGAGUCAUGGGGGAUAUUCCAAUGGAAUUAAUCCAUGAGGUGAUGUCCACCAUCACGGACCCCUCAGCAAUGCUUGGACCAGAGACCAAUUUUCUGUCAGCCCAUUCAGCAAGGGAUGAGGCAGCAAGGCUGGAAGAGCGCAGGGGUGUGAUUGAAUUUCACGUGGUUGGAAAUUCCCUGAACCAAAAACCGAACAAGAGGAUCCUGAUGUGGCUGGUCGGCCUGCAGAAUGUGUUCUCCCAUCAGCUGCCCCGAAUGCCAAAAGAGUAUAUCACGCGGCUCGUCUUUGACCCGAAACACAAAACCCUCGCUUUAAUUAAAGAUGGCCGUGUUAUUGGUGGUAUAUGUUUCCGUAUGUUCCCAUCCCAAGGAUUCACAGAGAUUGUUUUCUGUGCUGUAACUUCAAAUGAACAAGUCAAGGGCUAUGGAACACAUCUGAUGAAUCAUUUGAAAGAAUAUCAUAUAAAACAUGACAUCCUGAACUUUCUCACAUAUGCAGAUGAAUAUGCAAUUGGGUACUUUAAGAAACAGGGUUUCUCCAAAGAAAUUAAAAUACCUAAAGCCAAAUAUGUUGGCUACAUUAAGGAUUAUGAAGGAGCCACUUUAAUGGGAUGUGAGCUAAAUCCUCGGAUCCCAUAUACAGAAUUUUCUGUGAUCAUUAAAAAGCAGAAAGAGAUAAUUAAAAAGCUGAUAGAAAGAAAACAGGCCCAGAUUCGGAAAGUUUACCCUGGACUUUCAUGUUUUAAAGAUGGAGUUCGACAAAUUCCUAUAGAAAGCAUUCCUGGAAUUAGAGAGACAGGCUGGAAACCAAGUGGAAAGGAGAAAAGUAAGGAGCCCAAAGACCCUGACCAGCUUUACAGCACGCUGAAGAGCAUCCUUCAGCAGGUGAAGAGCCAUCAAAGCGCUUGGCCCUUCAUGGAACCAGUGAAGAGAACGGAAGCUCCGGGAUAUUAUGAAGUUAUAAGGUUUCCCAUGGAUCUGAAAACCAUGAGUGAACGCCUCAAGAAUAGGUACUACGUAUCUAAGAAAUUAUUCAUGGCAGACUUACAACGAGUCUUUACCCAUUGCAAAGAGUACAACCCCCCUGAGAGUGAAUACUACAAAUGUGCCAAUAUCCUGGAGAAAUUCUUCUUCAGUAAAAUUAAGGAGGCUGGAUUAAUUGACAAGUGAUGUUCCCCCCCUGCUGCUUAGAGAUUCAUCAAGCAGUGUGCCUAAUGCAAGGUGGUUUAGUUGUACAAAGAAUUGGACAAAAUAUGUCGAAGAGACUUGUAAUAAUUAGCACUUUUGAAAAACAAACAAAAAACCUCCUUUUAGCUUUUCAGAUAUGUAUAUAAAUUGACAUAGAACAUUUUUAUUUUAUGGAAUAGAUUUUAAUCUAUUUAGUACUAUUAAUGUAAAUUUUCUAUGGCAUGUCCAUUAGACAACUAUUACAAGAUAAAUGGUCAGGGGUUUCCUCAAAACCUGUAUGUGAGGAAAUUGCACAUUAUCUCAAGAUUUGGGGGAUUCUAGAAAAUUUCAGACCAUGAAUGUUUCCAUGUUUUUCUAAUGGAAUGUGAGAAUUUAUUUUUAUUUUAUUCUGAAGGACUAUAAGGAAGGGAUACGUGAUUUUAAAAAACCCAUAAAAGGUGAAAUACAUUUGAAGUCUCGUUGUAGACUUUAUAUAUAUAUAUAUUUUUAAAACACUCAUCUAAAUGAGGUGCUUUGAGCAGUUCUGAAAAUGCAGCUCCCCAAAAGCAACUGCUUUGAUUUCUAAGGAGGAAAUUUUAAAUAAUGCAACGUUUUAUAAGCAUCUGGAGUUUUGAUAAUUCUGUCUACCUACAACAAACUUGUGAGUUCAUAACCACUAUUUUAAUAAUUGUUUUCUCUACAUAAAUGUUUAAUAUAGCAUUUGACUUUGCUUAUGCAGGCCAUAAGUUCCAAAAGGUAAUUUCCCAGGCCACAAAGGCGUAAAUUUGAAAACACUUAAGAUUUAAUCCACGUAUUUUAAUAGGAAAAAAGUUUAUAGUUUACACAUAUAUCAAUAUGGUGAAUCCUUUUCUAAAAUAAGGAUUUAUUUAUUUGGGAUACACAACACCGUUUAUAAAGUAUACAUGAGGAUUUUUCAUUUUUCAUCUCCCGAUUUUGUUUGUUGUCAGUGGUGAAUUAAAUUCCAACCAAGGUUUUCUGUCAGUAUUUUAAUACCUAUAUUGCUGUAUAGGUCCAAGGUCACAUCCCACUAAAAUCCAUUAUACAACCAACCUUAUUAAACUGUCUUCGAUUUAUUUCCUAAUUACACUACAAAGAAAAGUGGGACUUCUGCCAUCCCAAGUCUGGGAAAAUCAACUAAUAUACAACCAUAGAAAUGAAGGCCAUCCUGGUGGUCUCGACACUAAUUUUUAUGAUGCAAAUUUAUAAACUCGUUUUUUGUAAAGGAUGGAAUUUUAAAAGUGUGUUUAUCUUGAUUUUUCUAUCAGCAUAAAUAAAUUAAAAUGAUCAGUAACAGUCGUUAAAAACCAUUGCCAGUGAUAGUCUGUGUGAAGGGAAAAACCCUGCAAAUGGCUAUUAAGUUGAAAGUGUUGUUUUUGAUACAAAUGAGAUAUUCAGAAUGCUCACAUGGAAAAAUGCCUCAUCUUUUUUAAGUAUAAGAAACUACCUUCAGUGGUGUCUAGAUUUCUAUGAAGAAUGAUGAUACAGUUUGGAUUAAGUUAUUUUGGACUGGUUUUAACAGUGCUUUGUAUCAGAUCUGCCAAAGCAUCUGUCCAGCUUGGUAUCCUGUGAAAGUUUGUUAUUUUCUUGGUAGACAUUCUUAUAGAGUAUUGUCUUUAAAAUGAGAUUGUCUCUUCUAUAUUGAAAGCAUUUUUAUGUUUUCUAAUUUAAAAAUUAAUAUUUUCUUAUAGAUAUUGUGCAAUAAAGCUGAAGUAGAAUGUGUGGUUUUGCAAAUGCUUUAACAGCUGAUAAAAUUUUACAUUUGUAAAAUUAAUAUAUUGUACUGGUACAAAAUAGUUUUAAAUUAUAUUUUAAAA